AAGCUACCGUGGAAGACAGGCACAUUUGGUCUCUCGACUCAAGCGUAGCCAGAACAAUCAUGCUGAAGCUCGCAGUCUUCCUCGGCCUCGUGGCCUCCUGCUUCGGCGGAUACGUCGGUGGCUACGGCCUCGGCUACGGCCAUGGCCUCGGCUACGGUGUCGGCUACGGCGUUGGACACUAUGGCCUCGGCUACGGACUCGGCUAUGGCUACGGUCACGGUCUCGGCUACGGUCUUGGCUAUGGCUACACUGGCCUUGGCCACGUCUUUGGAGGAGCCGUCGCCGCCGCCCCGGCCGCCGUUGUCCACCACGCCCCUGCUGCCGUCGUCCACCAUGCGCCCGCCGUGGUUGCCGCUCCAGUAGCGGUCGCUCGGCCCGUAGUCCACGCCGUCGCCGCUCCCGUCGCCGUUGCCCGCCCCGUAGUGGCCGUUGCCCGCCCCGUUGUUCACGCUGCUCCGGUCGCCGUGGCCCGCACCGUUGUUCACGCUGCUCCGGUCGCCGUGGCCCGCCCCGUCGUUCACGCCGCACCCGUGGCUGUGGCCGCUCCUGCCGUGGCCGUCCACCACGCCCCAGCGGUCGUUGCUGCCCCAGCCGUUGCCACCGUCGCUGCCGCUCCCGCAGUGGCUGUCGGGGGCUAUGGCCUCGGCUAUGGACAUGGCCUGAGCUUGGGUCUCGGAUACCACGGACUCGGCUAUGGUCUCGGCUACGGCUACAGCCUUGGUGGUUUCAACUACGGCCUCGGCGGACACGCCUACUACCUUCGCAAGAAAUAAACUACUGGAAUGACCUAAUGCCGUGGAAUUCAGUCGCCGGGCUGCCGAAAGUCUUGAAGAUUUCGGCAGUUCCAUCAGAACCGGCAUCCACCAGCAAGACAGAAAUUCUCCCAAGUCUUGAGGUGUCGCAAACCGUCCGGGAGAGCGGCCAUGACUCACAACGCGCGCCUUUCAAAUGUAAAAAAUGUUCUCAUGCCAACGUGCACGUCUACGCUCUGGUUGUAAAAUUUUCUCUUGUAUUCUUCUUUAUUUUUUCACGCAAAUACAACCAGAGUUUCGUCGGAUUCUGCACACCAA